AAUUACGCCGUUCUUAACGUAUUAAAAAUAUUGAUUUUUUAGUUAACAGAUCGAAUGCGAGUAUAAAUCCAUUCGCUAACUUCGUAUCUGCCCAUCCUCUCUUUUUGACCGACAAACUUUUUUCUCAUCUUCUUCACUAAAAGAUCGACGGCGGAAGGAGGAUAGCAAAAGGUAGAGCUUUGAAGAAGAAGAAGAAGCGUAACGAGUUGAAGAAGAGAAUGGGAAACAGUUUAGGAAUAAGGAAAAAGAGAACCGCGAAGGUUAUGAAGAUCGAUGGUACCGCUUUCCGGUUAAAACCCCCUGUUUCCGCCGGCGAGGUACUCAAAAACCAUCCGGGGUUUUCGGUUCUAGACGCCGACGAAGUUAAGUCGCUCGGCGUCCGCGCUCGCCCUCUCGCCGCAGGCGAUCCCAUCCGCGCUGGCCGCCUCUAUUUCCUCGUCCAUCUCCCUCGCCUACCCGCCGAAGGUAACACUCGACGCGCUUACUCGGGCAACCUACGCGUUUCAGCAAAGGACCGGCUUGAAUCUCUGUUACUGUCGCGGCGAGCGGUUUCAGACCUAGCGGUGCAUCACCAGCCGGCGGCGGCGGCUGCUGUGGCUGUGGCGGAGAAGUCGCCGGAGGGAGGCAUGCGGUUGAGGAUGAGGUUGCCCAAAGCGGAGGUGGUGAAGCUUGUGGAGGAAAGUCGGGAUGUCGGCGAGAUCACGAAGAAGAUUGUGGAGCUUGCUGCUUCUGUGAGGUCGACGCCGGAGCCGCCGACGCCUCCAGCUGCGAGGAAGGAGAAACGAACGAGAUUUAUGGAAAUGCCAGCAGAGAUAAUUGCCUAAGUUUGAGAUUUCUCUCAGAGUCAGGUCAGGAACGCAAGCUGCAACUAAGAUAGCUGAACUUAUUGGAUUGCUUACCAAAGGAGUGUGGUUUGAACAGUUGAAGCUUCUGCAUAUGGCUUCCUUCUUCCUCUCCUAUAGUUGCAUACUGCUUUCUUUUAAUUUUGAUAUUUCUUUAAUACAGACAUGAGAAUCUUCUAUUGUUUCUUAGUAGAAUUAGCAAUAUAUGGUGGAAUCCUAUGUAAUUAAAAUAUAAUUAGUUGCCUAUUUCUCCUC